GCAUGAAACCGAUCUUUUCUCCCAAGAUAACUACAUUACCCACCAAGCAUCUCUUCAAGGAGCAUGCGCACUUGCUGCAGCUAAAGGAAGAAGACUGAAUCGAGACUAAACGCUAUGGCCAUAACUUUCACCAAUACUCCGUACUCAGAACUGACCAGCUUGCAGUAUCUGUGAGUCUUCAAGCCCAGUGUCUCAAGAACAUUUUGAUCCUUCACACAUUAUCUCAGUAUAAAUAUCCAGCACAAUGAGUGACCGAAAGCGCAAAAGCAAUGACGCCCCGAACAGUCUGUCUAACAGAGACACUGUUGAACUUCCUGAUGAUCUCUCCUUGAGCGACUCUGACUCCGAUGAGCCCUUAGAGAGUUUCGGUAGAAAAAUUGAGGACUUAUCCUCAUCCUCAGAGGAGGAAGGCGAGACUCGGCAGCAGGUCCAGUCAGUUCUUCAAGAGAAUCCAUCUUUUAGACUGACAGGUGGCAGCUCUAGUUUCUGUGAUCGCAGCAGGGACAUCUUUGCACAAUUGGAUAGUGCUGCAAAGCUCACAUCUAAAGAUCUAGGUGAAGAUAAUAUCCUUGAUGGCACAUUUGCCCGCCCUGCACCACCGUCACCCCCACAUGCAGUGCAAAACAUGUGUGGUGUCGGCCAAGAGGUUACAAAAAAACAACCUCCAAGUAAAAAACUCCCAGACUACCUCGCGCACCCCGAGCGUUGGACACACUACAGUCUUGAAGAUAUCGCUGAAACCAGUGAUAAAAAGAAUAGUCAGGUUGCUCAUGAGUACAUACGAGAGCUUCAGGAUAGCAAGAGGUCCCAAAAAGCUGCGCUUGAGACUUUUACUCCAGCUUUCAACCAGGAUCAUGGCAGCAGCACUGAGAAUAAGAUUGUGUUCGCUAAACCCAAGAGCAAAGAUCAAAGUGGGAGCAAAGCUGAUCACGCUAAGAAGGAAGAAGUUGGACUUCAACACUUAGAUGACAGAGUAGAGGCCGAUGAAGGAGAGGCUCUUCAACAGAGCAGCUCAUGGCCGAAUAAAGAGAAGAAAAGGAAGUGGGGGAUUUCAAAAGAGGAAGAUGACACGGUGGCAUCCAGUGCUGUCUUUAACAGUAGUAAGAGAGUGAAUCGCAAAAACUUUCGUAAAACACCUGAUGAUGAUGGUGACAAAGAGUGAGCACUUUGAACUUAAAUACUUAAAACUAAGGUUUUAAUGUCUGUGUACCUACAACGUGUCAUUGUUUUGUAUAAAGUUGUUUGAUUAUCCUUUAUCUUGGCUUUGGCCAUGAGAAGCUCUUGCUUGGCAGGUAAUUUAAGUAAAUAGGCCACAUAUCUGUAGACUGAUAACCUGUCUAAAGCGUGUUUUAGUGUGUAUAGGAUUAUUAUAAUGUAUACUGUCAAGUUUUUAUGGAUGCUUUUCAUGAAUAAAUUUGACUUUCAGAUCCCAUU